AGCGGGCGGGCGCGCGGGCGCUGGGAGGGCGUGCGGGACUGCGGGGGCCGCAGGCCCGGCUCCCGGGCUGGGGCGCGCGGGGGGAGACCGGCCGGGAGGGGGCCCACCUCCGGGAGUCCUGCGGCCGUGCGUCCCGCCCGCCGCCCGUCACGCUCCGAGGCGUCGGCGUGAAGACGCGGGGAGGCGGUGGGAGCGAGUGGCGGGGUGUGCGGUGUCUGGGCGGCGGGCGCUGCUUGGUGGCCCCGCGAUCUGGGUGUGCGUGGACAUGAGUGUGUGCACACAUGUGUGUGGGCCUCUGGGGGCCUUGGCCCGGCGCGCACGGCCCGGAAGGUCCGGUGUGCCCGGGAGUCCGGCGUGUGUGCAGGUGGACGGUGUGCGUGCAACCGGGGCAGCGAGGCCGCCUGGAGCCGCAGGGCGGAGCGUGGGCGCGCGGGUCUUUGUGCCCGCAUGUGUGCGCGUGGGCGUCGCCGCGCGCUGUCCUGGGGGAGCCAGCAGCUGUCCUGGGGGAUGCCGCGCUGGUCCGGCCCUGGUCGCCCCCACCCCGCUCCUUCCGGGAACCUGUGACUGCAGCUCCCCAGGAACCCCCUGCCCAGCCUCCCCAGGCGGGCAGUGGAGUUGGCCGGGCCCCUGGGCGCGCCAUGCGCAGCACCACACUCCUGGCACUGCUGGCUCUGGUCCUGCUCUACUUGGUGUCCGGUGCCCUGGUGUUCCAGGCCUUGGAGCAGCCCCAUGAGCAGCAGGCCCAAAGGGAGCUGGGGGAGGUGCGAGAGAAGUUCCUGAGGGCCCAUCCAUGUGUGAGCGACCAGGACGUGGGGCUCUUCAUCAAGGAGGUGGCUGAUGCCCUGGGAGGGGGCGCGAACCCUGACACCAACUCAACCAGUAACAGCAACCAUUCAGCCUGGGACCUGGGCAGUGCCUUCUUUUUCUCGGGCACCAUCAUCACAACCAUCGGCUAUGGCAACGCAGCCCUGCGCACAGAUGCCGGGCGCCUCUUCUGCAUCUUUUAUGCGCUGGUGGGGAUCCCGCUGUUUGGGAUACUGCUGGCCGGGGUCGGGGACCGGCUGGGCUCUUCGCUGCGCCGCGGCAUCGGUCACAUCGAAGCCAUCUUCCUGAAGUGGCACGUGCCACCGGGGCUGGUGCGAAUUCUAUCCGCCGUACUCUUCCUGCUGAUCGGCUGCCUGCUCUUUGUCCUUACGCCCACGUUCGUUUUCUGCUACAUGGAGGGCUGGAGCAAGCUGGAGGCCAUCUACUUCGUGGUGGUGACACUCACCACGGUGGGCUUCGGGGACUAUGUGGCCGGCGCCAGCCCCAACCAGAACUUUGCAGCCUACCAGCCGCUGGUGUGGUUCUGGAUCCUGCUCGGCCUGGCCUACUUCGCGUCAGUGCUCACCACCAUCGGAAACUGGUUGCGAGUCGUGUCCCGCCGCACGCGCGCAGAGAUGGGUGGCCUCACGGCGCAGGCCGCCAGCUGGACGGGCACGGUGACCGCGCGGGUGACCCAGCGAGUUGGGCCCACGGCACCACCGCCGUCGGAGAAGGAGCGGCCACCCCUGCCUCCGCCGCCGUGCCCGGGGCAGCCCGCCAGCAGGCCACUAUCCCCGGCGGCCCCGGAGAAGACCGAGCCGUCCUCCCCGCCCACGCCGCCCACGCCGCCCACCCCGCCCACGGCCUCCGCGCUGGACUACCCCAGCGAGAAUCUGGCCUUCAUCGACGAGUCCUCGGACACGCAGAGCGAGCGCGGCUGCGCGCUGCCCCGCGCGCCACGGGGUCGCCGCCGCCCCCUCAAUCCGCCCAGGAAACCGGCGCGGCCCCGCGGCCCGGGGCGCCCCCGGGACAAAGGCGUGCCCGCGUAGGGGGAGGACCCCUGCCCCGGCCUCUCAAAGGGCUUCGUUCUCGCCCUCUCACCCUGGCAUGCUCUGCUUGUCUGACCAAAGAGCCCUCUCUCGACCGACCGGACCGAAACCUGGGGAGGAGGCCACGGGCUGC